AUGAGAGGGGCAAGCCAUGGUCCACCUGACCAUGGCAUAGCUUCGGUUGACGGCCAGCAGACUCCAGCCGACCGAGAGGCACUCCUCCCGCUCAACAAGAUCACUUUAGUCCCCGUUGGAUGCUAUUCUUCCAGUCCGCUCACUCCAAAUGAAGUGUGCGUCCACCUGCAAGUCUACGUCCACCACAAAUGCAGAGUCGUCUUCGAGCCGAUCAAGUGCCCGCUGAGCUGCUUCCCCGUUUGGUUGUCCGUCCAAGGCGGCAUAUAA